AUGAGAGAUGGGCUAGCCUCCGGACCGCUUUCCCCUUCAACGCCGUCUCCUCCAGGAUCCUCAGCCCUUCGGGCCACAAAUCCCCUAUCCACCAAGGUCACAACAGUAUUAUCCACAUCAUAUGCAGAUGCGGAAUUUCGGGAUGCGCUCAGUCUCCUAGACGAGCGUGGUGUCAGCAACAGUGCUGAAACCCGAAGACAGCUGAGAUUAGAUGUUCAAAAGGACGUCAUUGACAGCAAUGGAGAAAUCAUCAUCGAGUUUGGGAGGGUUGCCGAGCAACUUCAGAGGAUUGGCACCACGAUCGAAAUUCUCAACAAGAGCUACCAGGAGAUGAAGAGUCAUGUCACUGCAGCUCACGAAUCCACUUCUUCAACAUUGCAAGAAGCUUCCUUGUUAAUGGUCCAGAAGCAGAAUGUUGAGACAAAGCAACAGUUGCUGAAGGCUUUGCGCGAACAUUUCGUGCUGUCAGAAGACGAGGUUGCCUCACUGAGCCUGACAUCUGAGCCCGUCGAUGAUCGCUUCUUCGUCGUCCUAGCUAAGGCGAAGAAAAUCAGGAACGACUGCGAGGUACUCCUUGGUUUCGAGAAUCAAACGCUAGGGCUAGAGAUCCUAGAACAGACUUCGAAGCACCUGAAUUUGGCUUUCCAAAAACUCUACCGUUGGAUCCAAAGAGAGUUCAACACGCUAAAUUUGGAAAAUCCACAGAUCAACUCCUCCGUUCGCCGAGCGCUUCGUGUUCUUGCCGAACGGCCCACGUUGUUCCAGAACUGCCUCGACUUCUUCGCUGAGGCUAGGGAACAGAUUCUCUCCGAUUCAUUCUACUUAGCCUUGACGGGCACAUCCGCUUCAGGGCAAGAGGACCGUUCGGUAAAGCCUAUUGAAUUGGUGGCGCACGAUUCCCUCCGAUAUGUAGGUGAUAUGCUUGCUUGGACUCACUCGGCUACUGUCAGCGAGCGGGAAGCACUCGAGGUGCUGUUCGUCUCGGAGGGAAACGAGAUCGCUAGAGGCAUCCAGGAGGGCCGUGAAAACGAACUGUGGCGACUAAUGGCCGACGAGGCAGACGCGCCUCCAGAAUUCGACGCUGUGAAGGCACUUAACGAUUUGGUUGAUCGUGAUGUUUCAGGGGCGGCCCGCAUUCUACGGCAAAGACUCGAGCAAGUUAUUCAAACUAACGAAGACACGAUUUUGGCCUACAAGUUAGCCAAUCUCCUCAACUUUUACCGCGUCACGUUUUCGAAGCUUCUCGGAGCAAAAUCUGUACUUCUAGAGUCGAUGAUGAAUAUUGAGUCCGAAGCUUUACGACAGUUCCGCUCUUUGAUGCGCGAUCACAUCACUACUCUGCAAGUGGAAUUCCAACAUACGCCGUCCGACCUUGGCCCGCCAGAAUUUCUCCAAGACUCAUUGAAGCAGCUGACAGCCAUCAUGAAAACCUACGAAACUUCCCUUGCGUCGUCUGGUGAUCGCGAGGCUGACUUCGAGCCCAUUCUCACCGAGUCGUUUGAUCCUUUCAUCUCUGGAUGUGAGAACAUGUCCAAGAAUAUCGAAUCACCUUCAAAUUCCGUAUUCUUCAUCAACUGCCUCUUGGCUGCAAGAACGUCUCUGGCACCUUUUGAUUUCACCCAGACACGGGUUGGCAUACUCCAGUCCACUAUUGACGAGCAAGCUGAGCGCCUUGUGGACAACCAAUACUCAUACUUCCGCCGAGAAUCAGGUUUGGAACCAAUAUUCAAUGAGCUCGGCCGGCUCACGGACACGAAAGAGGACAUUGCAAAGAUUAGGAAGAUGGAAGCAUUGAGUCCAGAGGCACUGACGGCAGCAAGCCAGAACCUUGACGAUUUCUUACCGUCAGCACUCAUGGAUGCCAUGGAAAGCUUGCGUCAUUUACAGGACUCCAAGCUGACCCGUGAUGUCACUGAAGAGGCAGCUGAAAGGUUCUGCGUCGACUUUGAGCACGUGGAGGAGAUGCUCAUCUUUGCGGACGAGCUGGCUGAGCAGGAACGCAUGGAUGGGCAGGUGGCUGAGUCGGAUGAAUCCCAUAGUCUGCGGGCACUUUUCCCCAGAACGACUGGGGAGAUUCGGGUACUUCUCUCGUAG